UCCGUUUGUGUCCCGCACCGUCAGCCGCCCGUGAACCAGACGGACAGUCGCUUGUGUUUCCCCGUCUGUCAGACUCCCGUACGACACCGAAAGUCUCCGAAACCCCCCGCUCACCGUGUUUUUGUUGUUGUUACCGGGAGGAAGGACGCGCUUGGAAACGCCGGUGUCCCGUGAAUGGAUGCAGCAUGUCUUCGUUCGUGUGCCGGGUUCAGUUUUUAGACGAUACCGAUCCGUUCAACAGCACUAAUUUCCCCGAACCGACCAGACCUCCGGUUUACACAUUCCGGGAAGAUAUACCGGUGAUCAACCAGAUCGCGGGAGUGCACCGGCUCCUCAAAGCUCCUCACAAGCUUGAUGACUGUGCCCUCCAGCUCUCUCACAAUGGGGUUUAUCUGGAUCUGGAGUCCACACUGGAUGAGCAGAGAGACGAACUGGAGGGAUUCCAGCAGGACGACUCCGCAGGGAGGGGAAAGAAGCACAGUGUGAUUUUACGAACUCAGCUGAGCGUCCGUGUUCAUGCGUGUAUCGAGAAGCUGUACAACUCUAAUGGCCGUGACCUGAGGAGGGCGCUGUUUUCCCUCAAACAGAUAUUCCAGGAUGAUAAAGACCUGGUCCAUGAGUUUGUGAUGGCUGAAGGACUGACGUGUUUAAUUAAAGUGGGCGCUGAAGCGGAUCAGAACUAUCAGAACUACAUCCUCAGAGCUCUGGGUCAGAUCAUGCUGUAUGUGGACGGUAUGAACGGGGUCAUAGGUCACAACGAGUCCAUCCAGUGGCUCUACCUGCUCAUCGGCUCAAAGUUUCGUCUGGUGGUCAAGACGUCUCUGAAGCUGCUGCUGGUGUUUGUUGAAUAUUCAGAGUCCAACGCUGCACUGCUCAUCCAGGCCAUAGACACUGUGGACAAUAAGAGAGGCUGUAAGUCGUGGUCAAACGCUAUGGAGAUUUUAGCAGAGAAAGACGGUGUGGACACAGAGCUGCUGGUGUAUGUGAUGACCCUCAUCAACAAGACGCUGGCAGCUCUGCCCGAUCAGGACUCAUUCUAUGAUAUGGUGGAUGUUUUGGAGGAGCAGGGCAUGGAGAGCGUUUCUCAGCGAUAUCUGGGCCGCAAGGGCACCGAUCUGGACCUGCUGGAACAGCUCAACAUAUACGAGGCGACGCUCCGUCACGAGGACGGUGAUGAGGAUGGUUUGCCUCCGUCCUGCGGUCGGCGGGACAGACGGAGGUCCAGUGUGGGUGGAGAGAGGCGGGGCUUAGAAAGACGCCGCAGUCGCAGGCAUUCAUUGGGCAGACCGGGUCACGCCUCCCCGCUCAGCCCUGCCUCCCCACACCGCACCAACAGCAAGCUGAUGAACGGACAGGAUGAGAGGUCAUUCUCUGCGGUCAGUUCUCCAUCGACACCCACUAAACAGAACGAGAGACCGGCUCUGGGUGGGCUGCUGUCCUCCUCGUACCGUCAGCAUCAGGAGUCUCUGGCGGCGGAGAGAGAGAAGAGACGAGUGCAGCGAGAGGAGCGACUGCAGAGGAUCGAGAGAGAAGAGAGAAACAGACACAGUCGGGACUAUGUGUCCAACAUGGAGGAGGCCAGACACGCCCGAGAGGAGAGGUUUAAGACAGCGGAACGUCUGGCGGCAGAGGAGUUCGAGAGAGAGCGGCAGCGUUCAGCACCUCGAGGACUCCCGACAGACACCUGUCAAUCAUCCCGCAGUGCCACACCCUCCUCAGUGACAUCACAGGAGGAGCAGGACACGCCCAUCGCAUCGUACCCGCCCUCUGAACCAGACACUAAUGAUCUAGAACCGGAUGUGGAGGCUGAUCUAGAACCCGAGGAGAAAAAGCCCACCGAAGAGGAAGUAGAAGAGGAAGUGGAGGAGGAAGUGGAGGAGGAAGUAGAAGAGGAAGUGUGUGCUGAACAAGAAGUGGGUGGUGCUGAGGAGCAGGUGGCAGAGGAAGAGGAGGAGUCUGAGCGGGAAGCGCCGGAUGGAGAAGCGGAGGACAGCGGAAUACUGAGCGAUAAAGAGAGACAGAAUGAAGAAGUGAACGAGAAAGACAACUGCUCUGCGUCCAGCAUAUCCUCCGCCAGCAGCACACUAGAGAGAGAAGAUCGACUCGCUGCAGGCGCCGCAGACGCAGGUCAGUGGAACGUGAAUGAACAGCGAAACAAGAUCCUGGACAGUAAACUCUUCAUGCUGGACAUGCUGUACUCACAGAACAAAAAACCCUGCGAGGAGGACGAGGAUGAGGAUGAAGAGCUGGCGGAGGAUAAAGAGGCAGACGGAGAAGAGAAAGAACCGGAUGAAGAUUCAGCGACACCGCAGGAUGAAAACACCGAAGCAGACAAGAAGCAGGAGACCCAGAGUAACGUUCGGGCGUUCGCUGAGCGAUUCGGGGACAUAGUGAAAGGUCUGACCUCUCCACCAAUAGAAACGCAGGAUCCGCCUCCUCCUCCUCCUCCACCACCGAAGAAGGAGUCGGAUUGUAUUUGGGAUCAGCUGAUGGCGAGUCCGAGAGAUCUGCGUAUCGGUGAUAUCGACUUCACUGAUUUAGGAGAUGAAGAUGAUCAGGAUGUGUUGGAUUCUGGAAGUUUAUAUAGUUCUGGAGAUCUUCAGGCUCCGCCCCCUCCUCCUCCGCCCUGCCCCUUUAACCUCCCGCCCCCGCCCCCUAUGUUCGGCUGUCCUCCACCCCCUCCUAUCUUCAGCAUACGUGUGCCUCCGCCCCCUCCCUGCUUCUCCAACCAGGCUCCGCCCCCUCCAGAGAUGAAGGCGGAGCUUCCACUGUUCCAGAAGAAGAAGAAGACCAUCCGGCUGUUCUGGAGUGAGGUUCAGCCUGCAGACUGGAUCUACCGGAACCACAAGCGCAGCCAGGAGUCGCUGUGGUCCAGACUCGAACCUGUCAAACUCGACACCGCUAAACUUGAACAUCUAUUUGAGAGCAAAUCCAAGGAGAUGCCUGUCGCUAAGAAAGCAACAGCAGAUGGGAAACGUCCAGAGAUCAUUGUUCUAGACUCUAAACGCAGUAACUCCAUCAACAUCGGCCUGACGGUUCUUCCUCCACCGCGCACCAUCAAAACCGCCAUCGUCAACUUUGACGAGUAUGCGCUCAAUAAAGAGGGCAUCGAGAAAAUCCUGACGAUGAUUCCCACAGCAGAGGAGACUCAAAGGAUACAGGAGGCUCAGCUGGCCAAUCCGGAUGUUCCUCUGGGCAGCGCAGAGCAGUUCCUCCUGACGCUUUCCUCCAUCAGCGAACUCUCGGCCCGCCUGCAGCUCUGGGCCUUCAAACUCGACUAUGAGGCCACUGAGAAGGAAGUGGCCGAACCUCUACAGGACCUGAAGGAGGGCAUGGAUCAGCUGGAGAAAAACAAAACACUGCGAUACAUUCUGUCCACGCUACUGGCCAUCGGAAACUUCCUGAACGGAUCAAACGCCAAGGGCUUUGAUCUGAACUAUCUGGAGAAGGUUCCGGAGGUGAAGGACACAGUGCACAAACAGUCUCUGCUGCAUCACGUCUGCAGUGCAGUGCUGGACAACUGUAGCGACACCACUGACCUCUACUCUGAGAUCGGGGCCAUAACACGCUCCGCCAAGGUGGAUUUUGAGCAGCUGCAGGAGAACCUGACUCAGAUGGAGCGGCGCUGCAAAGCAUCAUGGGACCACCUGAAGGUGAUCGCCAAGCACGAGAUGAAGCCGGUGCUGAAGCAGAAGAUGUCGGACUUCCUGAAGGAGUGCGCAGAGAGGAUCAUCAUCCUGAAGAUCGUGCACCGCCGCAUCAUGAACAGGUUUCACUCGUUCCUGCUGUUCCUGGGUCAGCCGGCGUACAGCGUGCGGGAGAUCAGCGUGACGCGCUUCAGUAAGAUCAUCAGUGAGUUCGCUCUGGAGUAUCGAACCACACGAGAGCGAGUCCUGCAGCAGAAGCAGAAACGAGCCGAUCACAGAGAGAGAAACAAGACUCGCGGGAAGAUGAUCACCGACGUCAACACACAGACUGAUGAUGAAGAGGACAGUGAGGCGGCAGGUCGUGUGUGUGUGAGCAGCAGUAGUGCGCCUCCUGCAGGGCUGCAGAUGCAAACGCAGCAGCCGCCGCCACAGCCGCAGGGUUUGUGUGACGCUGAAGACGCAGCUGAACACCAGCAGAUGACGGCGGUGCUGAAGAGCAGAGACAUGAGGACACGCACGCGCACACGAGCAACACAAGGCCGCAGUGCGUGGGCUCCAGUGAAUGAAGAGUCUCAGAUAAACACAGAGGACGCAGCGGAUGAGAUCAUGGAGAGAAUCGUACGAUCAGCCACUCAAAGUCCACGAGAGCGAGCGCAGCCGCGAGAACGACGACGCUCACGCGCAAACAGAAAAUCACUGAGGAGGACUCUGAAAGGCGGUUUAACCCCAGAAGAAGCUCAAGCUCUGGGAUUCGACACGUCAGAGAUGCCGGUGUAACAGGACGUCCCGACUGAAAACACACUGAUGUAUUUGCCUUCAAGCAGUACUGAUCUCAGGACGGCACAAAACCCACACACAGUCAAACUAAAGUGUGUUUAAAGCUGCGGAAAAUCAUCUCACGGGUCAUUUAUAGAGCAAAGCUCCGCCUCCAGAAUGUGUGUUCCAUUCUAAGCCACACCCACUCAUUACAUCACACCUCAGCAGCCAAUUAAAGGCCUUCUUUGCGGUGUGAUUCGUUCAAUGAAGAUGUUUUGAAUCCCUAACUCAGGAUUUGGUCGUUCGUUCAUUAUAAAAUGAUGAAUUAUUUUAAAUGUGGCUUCACUAGAAUCACUUUAUUAUGUCAGUCAGAUUUAAAUGGCUUAUUUAUUGUCAAAUGUGCAAGAGAACUUUAUAAGAGCACUAAAUAGGGUUUAUUUUGAGAUCCCAGAGCUGAGAAACAGCUUUUAAAGGCAGACUGUGAUGUUUCUAUACUGUUCUUCUGUUUUUAAUGACGAGGGUCUGUGCUUUUUGACCCGUUUUAUGACGAAAGGCAAGUAAAUAAAUGCUUAAAAAGCUUUUUCCCACACAAAAUUAAAAAACUUUCUCAUAAUUCUAAGUUUAUAUUUUGUAAUUCUGACAUUUUUUCCUCAGAACUGUGAGAAAUAUUCACAAUUACCCCUUUAAAUAGUCCAGAAAUGGAAGUUGCUGCAGACUUUUAUUUCAGUUUGAUGACGUAUUUCCAAUUGAGAAUUAAGUAGGGGGCGGGGUUUAUUUGGAACUCCGCCUCUUAUCUUUCACUUGCAGCAAACUAACGGUUGGAGGGAGCGUGGCUAAGCAUAUUUCGUCCAAUCAGAGUCAUCAGAGAAGGACCGCUGUUCCAGAGCAGAUGAGCAGAUUUUGAUUAAAGAUUACCAAAACAAAAGUAGGUUAACUUGCCCAGGUUAAUUGUUCACCUUAGGACUAACGAUGUGCGCUAGCAAAAUAAACAUUGCACAUUUAGAUUUGAUGCAGACUUUAAGCUGUUUGAGUGUGUUAUAGUGGCUUUGAAUGUGCCUUUGACACAGAAGGAACUAUGAAAACAAAGACUCACUCACGUGUUCUGUAUUUUCUUACUCUUCAGCUUGUGUUUUCAGCCAUUUUCCACCGUUGUCUGCGUUUUCAAGGAGUUUAGUGUUGGUUCAUGAAACCAUGCGGUGUUGCACCUUAUACUGAUACAGGAUGAAUAUAAAUGAAGAUUUAUGUGAGAUCUACAUCAGAUGCAUUCUCCCAGCUAACAACAAAUGUUCUCAGAACUUGCCAUAACGUUCCUUAAAGGUGACUUAUUAUGACCCUUUUUAUGCUGCUGUUUAUGCUAAUGAGAUGGAGAGAUGGGCACUAGUGGGCGGGGCUUUCCCCCUCUGAUGACAUGUACAAAGAGAGAAUGUCAAUCAAAGAGUUUCAUUCAUCAAGUCUGAUUAGAGUUUAUCGUUAGAGGCUGGAGAUAUUCACACACUGCUGACACACAACUGGGUUUAAACCCCACAUCAUUCGAUUUUGCAUAAUAGGUGCCCUUUAAAUCAUGUAAUCUUAUUGUAAACAGUGACCUUAAUAACAUUAUUAUAACCAAAAAUUGACAUCAAUACAUUGUCUAAACAAAUGCACACAAAAACUUUUGUAUAACUUACUGUGAAUGUUUGGGAAACAUUCUUAGAACAUUAAUAUAAUGUAAACAGAAUGUUCUAAUAAUGUUUUAAGUAUAACAUUCUGACAACAUUAAUAUAACAUCUGAAACUUUAUUAAUAUUUGAAUGACUUUAUUAUAACAAAACAAUAGCAAAUCAUCAUUUCUAUCUUUUUUCAUUCAUUCAUUUUCCUUCAGCUUAGUCCCUUAUUUAUCAGUGGUCAUCACAGCGGAAUGAACCGCCAACUAUUCCAGCAUGUGUUUUACACAGCAGCUGCAACCCAGUACUGGAAAACACCCAUACACACACACUCAUACACAACGGCCAAUUUAGUUGAUCAAUUCCCCUAUAGCGCAUGUGUUUGGACUGUGCGGGAAACCGGAGCACCCAGAGGAAACCCACACCAACACGGGGAGAACAUGCAAACUCCACACAGAAACACCACCUGACCCAGCCGGGACUCGAACUAGCGACCUUCUUGCUGUGAGGCCACAGUGCUAACCACUGAGACACCGUGCCGGCCUAUAUCUUUCUUGAGCAUCCAAAAGAUAACUUAAUAUAACGUAAUGGGAACGUUAUGAGAAUGUUUCUAGAACCUAAACUUGUUAGCUGGGAAUCUCCAAAAAUGACUAAUUGUAGAAAGAGGUGAAAGUAUGUUUUGAUGAGGAAGAGACUGUAAAGAUGCGCUUUUGUUUUUGUUUCCUCUGUAAUUUUCGUCUGAUAGUAGUUGUGUUUCUGUAUGUGUUUAUUUAAGACAACUGAAGCCAUAAUAAAGGUCACGCACAGGAGACGUGUUCGCCUCUCGUCUAGUUGAGUUUACAGUGUGUGUUUAGUUAUAUUUGCCUUUAUUUCAGAAGACAGAUCACCCGCUCACCUGUUUUUACUUUAUUAACUGUAGGAAAUGCUGUAUCUGAAGUCAUUUUGCAGAACUGAAAGACUUUUUCCACUUUGAUCCACGUUUGUUGACACACCCAGCAAUAAAAUCCUCUCUGAAAUACA